AUGAUGCGGGAUUGUCCGCAAAAGAAAGCCUUGAAUGCCAUGAACCGAGAGAAGGAAGAGGAGGCCGAGAGGGAAGCAGGAAUGGGGGCCAUUCACCGCUUCAAUGCCCUACAGGCCAAGGGAGCUCAACCACAGGUUCAAGCCAAAGGUGUGAUGUUCGUCGAUGCCAUGGUGAAUGGUAAGACAACCCGUUGCCUGGUGGAUACAGGUGCCUCGCACAACUUUAUGUCCGUGCAGGAAGCAAAGAGACUUGGGUGUCGAGUCUCGAAGGAAGCAGGCAGUAUGAAGACGGUGAAUUCAACUGCCAAACCGAUUGAUGGAGUAGCUCAUGGUGUGGAGCUACACAUUGCCACUUGGAAGGGAGUAGCUGACUUCUCCGUGAUCUCAAUGGAUGACUACGAUGUCGUGCUUGGAAUGGAGUUCAUGGACAAGGUAAAGGCAUUCCCCAUUCCAUUUUACAAUACUAUGUGCAUUGCACAGGGUGGAGCAAUGCCAUGCAUGGUGCCAGUGGUGAGGCAACAAGGCGAGACGAAGCUCUUGUCAGCCAUGCAAUUUUCCAAGUCUUGGAAGAAGGGCGAACCGACGUUCCUUGCAACUAUGAAGAUGGAUGUAGUUCAGAAGGAAGUCCAACCCGUCCCGAAAGCUGUGGAGGCAAUCCUUAAGGAGUUUGCAGAUGUCAUGCCCAAGGAGUUGCCCAAAACCUUACCACCUAAGAGAGAGGUGGAUCAUGCCAUUGAGUUGGAACCAGGUGCCAAACCCCCUGCUAAGGCGCCGUACCGGAUGGCACCUCCUGAGUUGGAGGAAUUGAGGAAGCAGUUGAAGCAGUUGUUGGACGCUGGGUACAUCCAACCGUCCAAGGCCCCUUAUGGUGCCCCAGUUCUUUUCCAGAAGAAGAGGGAGGGAACGCUGAGGUUGUGCAUCGACUAUAGGGCGCUAAACAAGGUGACCAUCAAAAACAAGUAUCCAAUCCCUUUGAUUGCAGAUUUGUUUGAUCAGUUGGGAGGAGCUAGGUACUUCACCAAGUUGGACCUGCGCUCAGGAUACUAUCAAGUGAGGAUCGCACCGGGAGAUGAACCAAAGACCGCAUGUGUGACGAGAUAUGGGUCUUACGAGUUCCUUGUCAUGCCGUUUGGCUUGACUAACGCCCCUGCAACCUUUUGCACUCUUAUGAACAAGGUAUUCCAUCCUUUCUUGGACAAGUUUGUUGUGGUUUACAUCGAUGAUAUUGUGGUGUAUAGCAAUUCCCUAGAGGAGCAUCUUGAGCACUUGCAGAAAGUCUUCCAAGUUCUGAGGGAGAACGAGCUGUAUGUGAAGAGGGAGAAGUGCUCAUUUGUCCAAGAAGAGGUAGAGUUCCUUGGUCACAAGAUACGGGGAGGUCAAUUGCUCAUGGAGGAGGGCAAGGUGCGAGCCAUUCAAGAAUGGGAGCCACCAACCAAGGUACCUGAGUUGCGGUCUUUCCUUGGGUUGGUCAACUACUAUCGCAGGUUCAUCAAGGGAUAUUCAGCCAUUGCCGCCCCCUUGACGGAUUUGCUUAAGAAGAACAAGGCGUGGGAGUGGACAACCCGAUGCCAGCAUGCCUUCGAUGAGUUGAAGAGGGCACUUAUGGAGGAACCCGUGCUGAGACUUCCUGAUCUUAGCAAACCGUUUGAGGUACACACUGAUGCAUCAGAUUUUGCUAUUGGUGGUGUACUCAUGCAGGAUGGACACCCAUUGGCUUUCGAGAGUCGGAAGCUCAAUGACACGGAGCGGAGGUAUACCGUUCAAGAGAAGGAGAUGACAGCCGUAGUGCAUUGCUUGCGGACUUGGAGGCACUACUUGCUGGGUUCUCAGUUCGUGGUCAAGACUGACAAUGUUGCCACAAGCUACUUUCAGUCUCAACAGAAGUUGUCACCCAAGCAGGCUAGGUGGCAAGACUUCUUGGCGGAGUUCGACUACAAACUGGAGUACAAGCAAGGGAAGACAAAUGUCGUUGCUGAUGCCCUAAGCAGGAAGGCCGCACUUGCAGCUGUUGUACAACCCCAGAGUUCUCUCAUGCAGAGGAUACGAGAGGGCUUGUUGCAUGAUCCUCAAGCCAAAAGUCUGUUGGAGCUUGUCAAAGAUGGGAAGACAAGGAGAUUUUGGCUCGAUGAUGGUGUUCUUUAUGCAACAGGGAAGAGGAUCUAUGUUCCAAGGUGGGACAAUCUGAGGCGAGAGCUACUGAAGGAGUGUCAUGACUCGAAGUGGGCGGGACAUCCAGGCACUCAUCGGACGUUAGCCUUGAUGAGUGAAGCUUACUAUUGGCCACAGAUGCGGGAGGAUGUAGACUCGUUCGUGCGGACUUGUCUUGUAUGCCAACAAGACAAGACAUUGCAGAAGCAGCCGGGUGGGUUGCUAAAGCCACUUCCUGUUCCAGCCAGACCAUGGGAGAGUUUGUCCAUGGACUUCAUUGUGAGUCUACCCAAGUCAGAAGGGUGUGGCUCAAUUUUGGUGGUGGUCGACAGGUUCACCAAGUAUGCUACCUUCAUCCCUGCACCAGCGGACUGCAAUGCGGAGGAAGCUGCACACUUGUUUAUGAAGCAUGUGGUGAAGUAUUGGGGAAUUCCCAAGAGUAUUAUCAGUGACCGCGACACUCGCUUUACUGGUAAACUUUGGACAGAGCUCUUCAGGCUACUUGGGUCACAAUUGAACUUCUCUACCAGCUUUCACCCACAGACAGAUGGUCAGACGGAACGGGUGAACGCAUUGUUGGAGCUAUACUUGAGGCACUAUGUGAGUGCCAACCAGCGAGAUUGGGCAAAGUUGUUGGAUGUUGCUUAG